ACCCACCCACUGUCGGCCACUUUCUCCAUGCUCCUUGCUGCUUGCCAACAUGUCGACAUGUCCGAUUUAGCUGAAAACAUUGGACGGGCCGUUCUGGCGGCAAUACAGAAUUUUAGCAGUGCAUCGACAGCGACAGUAUCCGCCGUAGAGCCUCCACAACACUCGGCUUCCACCAGCAAUACACCUGGAGCAGCCACACCCGCCACCUCCACCGGGACAUCAUACCGCUCGGGCUCCAGCACCAGCGCGACCACAUCUAUACCAGCAACAGACUUCGCCCCAGUGACCUGUCAGUCAGAUGGCUACCAAGGAAGGCAUCACAUUUCUAAAGGGGAACUUGAACAUGUUCUUUCACUGAAGACCACAUUUACUGAAGCUGCGUCUAUUCUUUCAAUCUCGAGGCCAACUUUCUACAAGUUAUUGCAAGACUAUAAUAUCCCAACAUCAAAAUUUAUCAGCAUCAGUGAUCAACAAUUGGAUCUUAAAGUGUCACAAAUAAAAACUGAACACCCAAAUGUUGGAGAAGUGAUGCUUAUGGGGCAUCUGCGCUCCCAAAACAUUGUGGUUCAAAGACAACGUUUAAGAGAUUCACUGCGAAGGGUGGACCCAGUUGGUGUCCUAGCCAGGAGAAGAACAGCAAUAGCUCGGCGAGUAUAUUCUGUCCCACAUCCAAAUUUCAUAUGGCAUGUGGAUGGAAAUCAUAAGUUGAUUAGGUGGAAAUUGGUUGUUCAUGGUGCAAUAGACAGCUACAGUAGGAUGUUGAUGUUUCUUCACUGCUCCAACAAUAAUCGAGCUGAAACUGUGAAAGACCUCUUUACCGCAGCUGUUGGACAGUUUGGUAGACCACUGCACAUCAGGACUGAUCAUGGAGGAGAGAACGCUCAGAUCUGGGAGGACAUGCAUGCGAGCAGGGGUGAAGGCUCUGUCUUAACAGGAAGCUCUGUGCACAACCAGAGGAUUGAGCGUUUCAACCGAGACUUGAACAAAAACUGCAGCCAUGUUUAUGCACCUAUUUUUUAUGAACUGGAAUCACUGAGUAUCCUAGACUUAGAAAAUGCAACAGACCUAUUUUGUCUCCAUUAUGUCUUUCUACCCAGAAUCAACCGCACUUUGGAGGAAUUCAAAGCUGGAUAUAACAAUCACUCUAUGUCAUCUGAAGGAAAUAGAACACCAGUUCAGCUUUUUACUCUGGACACUUAUUUGCUUCGUCUUCACAACCCAGAACUCCCAACAGCAGAGGUAGUUUUUCGCUCCUCACCAAACUCUCAAAGAGGAUUUUCCCCAUUAAAUGACAGAGAUUUGCAAGAACUGAAUUAUACCAUUAACCCUCUUCAAAAUGACAACAAUAAUGGCAAAACGUUGUUUCAGAGAACACAGCAGUUUGUUUUUGAUAAACUUGUCAAUGUGUGACCCCAGCAUAACAGGGACAGAUAAUUAACAGUGGCCUCAAUUACAGUGUACUUUCAAAAGUAUUCUUAAAUGCUGUGAAACGAAUAUUGAUGUUUUGUUGUGCUUCUUAAGGACUGCAACAGUUAAAGCGGGUCCCUUUUUCUGGCAGUGAGGCCUCUUGCCAACAUAUAGAUGUUUGAUACAGUGAUGAUACAGUGAAUAACACUCUUUAGGGCUCUAUGUAUUGAUGCGUAACUGUUUUCCACUACACUAAAUGUAAUUUCUUUGGUCAAAUAUUCAGCUUGAACCACAGAACAAGUUACCCUGUGAUUCCUAAGGUUAUGGAACUUUCAUCAAUGUGUGCCAUGACUGCCACAUUUGAAGAAAAUGGAGUAUAAAGUUGUAGUCUGUUCGUUUCAUACAUUAUAAACAACUAUAGUAACCAUCUGAAAUGUACAUUGAAAGUGUAAGAAAUGUAAAAUUAAAUGUAAAUAUUAACUUGAGUUAUAACAUCAAUACUGUACAAAUAUAUUACAGCUCCUUAAGUAAAAGUAUAAGUAUUAUGAGAAAAAUGUACUUUAGUAGGCUAUUAAAAGUAAAAAA